GCUUUUGCUACGCAACGGUGGAACCUCGAAGUCUCGCGAGAGCUCCCGCGCCGUUAACGCGAGAGGUCGGCGGCUACGUCAUUGUUUUGGUCAGGCGGUUGGUUGUCUGUCAUUAGCAUUAGCUAGUUAGCCUAGCGAUAAGAAGAGAGAAACACAGUGAAUAACCAUAAUAAUGAUAUAGUUACCUAUUUAUCUGAAUGAAUUAUCUAACGUUAGCUAUAAACAAGUGAUUAUUGUCUGUGUGAGUUCCUGACAUAGGGUAACCAGGAUCUUACAGCGACUAACGUCCAUUUCAAGCUAACAGGACAGCCAGUAUGAAAGGACUGUAUUGCAAGCUGAGUGAAGCUGGAGAGGUUAAGUUUAUUAUACAGGACACGAGCCUGCCGACAGCUAUCGGGAACCAUCAGGUCAAAGUUCAAGUUAAAAGCUGUGCUCUGAGUCAUGUUGACAUAAAGUUGCGUGAGGAUUUAAAGCUGCAAAGUGAACAUGUGCCAGUUGGACGAGAGAUAGCAGGAGUCGUGCUCCAAGUUGGGCCCAAGGUGACCUUUUUCCAGCCUGAUGAUGAAGUUGUAGGAAUCCUCCCCCUGGAUGCCGAGGUGUCUGGUCUCUGUGAUGUUGUCCUUAUAGAUGAAUAUAAUUUAGUUCAGAAGCCUGAAAAGGUGGGCUGGUUUGAAGCUGCUGGAGCAAUUAAGGAUGGCCUCAAGGCCUACACAGCUCUACACACUCUGGCUCGGAUAGCUGUGGGACAAACGCUACUAGUGUUGGAUGGUGCGAGUCCUUUUGGACUCCUGGCCAUCCAGCUAGCCCACUACCAUGGGGUAAAAGUCCUGGCUACUGCCGUGUCCCCUGAGGACCAGAAGUUUCUGGAACAGCUCCGGCCGAGUUUGGGUGUGCUGGAAUCGCUUGUAGCCAGAGUGAUUGGAGUGUGGGAUUUAAAGGUGGACCUAGUGGACUUAUGCCUGGAAGAAACUGGAGGACUAGGAGUGGAUAUAGUCAUUGAUGCAGGAGUGCGGCUUCAUGAAGAAGACACUGAAGAAGUCAGGAAUCAUCUCCCACACAAACAUGAUAUCAUCAGUCUUCUUGGAGUUGGAGGACAUUGGGUCACCACAGAAGACAACUUGCAGCUGGAUCCUCCAGACAGCUGCAGUCUCUUCCUGAAGGCAGCCUCUGUGUCCUUUCUAAAUGAGGAGGUGUGGGAGGCAUCCAGGGCCAGACAGGGCAGAUAUAUCCAUAUAAUGAAGGAUGUGGUGGAGAAGCUAUCAACAGGAACCUUCAGGCCACUAGUAGAAAAUCCUGUGCCUUUGUAUGAAGCCACUGUUUCAAUGGAGAUGGUGCAGAGAAGACAACUCAGAAAGCGAGUCGUGGUGAAGCUUUAGGGGGAAGAUUCUGGAACUACAAAUUUCAUCAUUCCAUGAUAAAGGGACUAUAUAUGCAUAUGAUAAGGAUAACUUUCUCAGCAGUCAGUAUAUGUAUGUGUUUAUUUGCAUUGUGGAUGGAUUGUGGAUGGUCACUUUUUUCAUCUUUAUUUAGGAUAUUCAUCAUAUAAUAAAUAUGUUUAAAUAAAAAAAUCAUCAUCAAUGAAAUGGUUGCAAAAAUAGUUAGACAUAAAUUAGGGCUGUCAACAUUCGAAAUCAGUAACGCAUUAAUUUUUUUUACGUAAAUAAUUACACCACCAGGUUUGACCCGAACUUCCUGCCAAACUGACUUUUUUCUGGAGUGGUUCAUUUAUGGUGAGAUCGUGAUUUGAUCUUUAUCCGACCCAGCUAUCAAAUAUACUUCUUUUCAAUUGAGCUGAACUGCUGAUUAGCCGCAGACUAAUCUGAUAUAUUAUUUAGAUAAUCUACUGCUAUGAAAAAUGCUGCUCCAUGGUGUUUCCACAUGCAGUAAUGUGCAGCAUUCACUGCUCACAUCAGCGUUCUGUGUUAAAGCAGCUUCACACUGAACAGAUAUACACACUGGAACACAGAAUCUUCUCACUAUUAUUUACUUUAUUGCUCCAGCACCGGACAGCUCUGACCAAUCAGAGGAGACAAUGUGCUCGCCUGGUUUAUUGGUGCAUAUUUUGGUGCGUUUAGGUUUGUAUCUGCGUGAAAUCAAACCAAACAGAGGGAGAAAACGCUUCAAAUAAACAAACUCAUUAACUGAUCCGGACCAUAAAAACUUUUAAACAACCAAUGCUGAGUGGGUUUUAUCUCGCCUCUAACAUACAAGUAUAUACUAGUGUUUUAACUGACACCACUAAUAUAAAUAUAAAUAUAAUUGCAUUUUAAGCUUCAUAUUCAUAAAUAUCCACUAUAAAAACUUGCAUCUUAAGAUAAACAAAUACGAUUAAACAUUCUGAGUCACUAAUUUCCGUCUUGUCGGUUGGUGAAAAAAAAAAAUUGAUGAGAAUGUGUAAUUUAAUUUGAAACAUAUAUUUUAAUAUGUGGCUGAAAAGUUGCAUUUUAAUAAAAAAAAGUGGGCACAACAUUGUAGACCAAUUUAAACAUGAAGUACAGUUAACAGUUUCAAUUUUUUUUUAUCUUUUAUUAUAUAAAACAUUGUAACAUGUAUCUGAUUAAACAUUUCAACAUGACAAAGUCACAUACCAGAAACCCUGCUUGUAAUUGCUUCUUUUGAUCAUAAAGUCUUUUAUUUGUA